UGCUAAUUGAAAACAGCCAUCUUUACUGUUACCUUGGACACAAUAUCACAUUAAACCAAAUAUGAUCGACCACCGCCUUAGUUAUACAUUGUUGUGCGACGACGACUCGAGUGCCCUGUUGCCCUAUCGACGAGACUCGCUUGAAUCGUCUACAUCAACUUUGGUUACAAAAACGCAACGAGUAAAUGACACUACGAAACCGCAGUAUGCUUCACUACAUAAUAGUGAUAAACCGGCGCAACGUGAUCUUCGCGUUAUGUUUCAGUCCCUCAAAACCAAUUUUAAGGUUUCCAUGGCCAACCGACGAGCGCAGCACAGAGAGAAAAAGCCGCAAGAUGGGAAAACCAAUCCAUUUGAGUAAAAAACUCGCAUCUGGUGAAUCAAACGCAUGCUCACUCAAGAGACAACCAUUGUAUAUAUUGAUAUGUAGCGGGUCCUAUUUGACCAUUGGAUCCUUGAUGGACCAAUCACUUGCGCUACCGAUUUUCCUAUUUGUUUUUUUUUCUCUUUCUUUUUUCCCCCUGUAUAAUAAAUAGCAAACCAAAUAAAUUAAACGAGUCUGAGCUCGAUCACAUGAAAAAUGUAUGACCAUUCACCUGUUUCUAUAUUUGAUAUCUUUAACAUGUCUGU